AUGUCCCUCUCUCAGUGCUCCAGCUGGGGGGUGCCGUGUGGCCGCAGCAGAGCACGGGGGACAGCUCGGGCCUCCACAGGGGUCUGGGGGCCCACCCCUGGGGUCCUGGUGUCAAGUGCUGCAGGGGGCCCUGGCCAGGCUGGGCUCAUCGUGUCUCAGUGCCGGUUGCCCCUGGUGCCCCUGCUGCUGCCCGUCCUCCCCACCCGGCCCGCAGAGGUGGGGGGCUGCCGACUGGGGGGCCCGGAUCGCCAACCACAGCCCUGCGAUGACAGUAGCAGGUCUGGCCCGUGUUUGCCAUGCGGGUGUGAUGCCGGCAGCCGAGGGCCUCCACCAGGACCGGACAGCGCCACCUCGCCCCCCCAGCGUCCCAGCCCCGUGCAUCCGCGCGGGCGAGCCCUCCCCAGCCAGGUCAUACCCCGCCACCGAGGCCUGCAGGGCCGGGGCCUCCCGGAGACUCUGCCUUUUACUUUCCGGCACAAUGUGAGGACUGCGGGGGACAGGAUUCGUGCCGCAGAACAGACAGGGCCGGAGGUCUCUGUAACUGCUUUAAUUAUUCAAACAAUAGAGCACAAAGAGAACAGUUUCAAGUACAUUGUGAUACACGCUUUUGACAGGAAGAGAUAUGCACUUAGUCACGAGGGAGGCGGCCGCGACACCGCGUGGACACUUCGCACAGACUCUCCACCCCACGCACCCAGAGGGCGCCGUGGACGCCGCGUCCCCUGGGAGCGGACCGCACCCUCUGGUGCCCGGAUCGGGUUUCCCUACGGCGUGGCUCCCUUUUCUCGGCCACAAGACGGAGGAUUCUGGAUGUGAAGGUGGGUGAGCAGCUGUGGACGCGGAGCAGGGAGGGCAGGGCAGCAGGGAGAGGGGCCGCCACCGCUCCUGACUGGGGGGGUCAGGCCAGGGUGGCCCCGCACUGGUGGUGCCCAACAGAUGGGUCCCUUGGGACCUGGCCCACGCACCCAUGCUCCCUUGGGCCGAGCAGGCUGACCGCUAAUGAGUCCGGCAAUCCACGAAGCCAGAGCUGUUGGGGACGCCAGGGCUAGACUCAGAACGGGACGGUCAACAGAGCUGAAAGCGCCAAAUUCCACCAGGGACCGUGAACCUCACCCCUGCCAACCACCUAGAAGACCAAAGGAAAGUCUGACAGACACAAACCGAGGACCACUCCUGGCUGGAGGGCCCGGCCCCACGGAAGCCGGCAGAGGGCAGGCUCCAGGGUGUGGGCCGGGCCCCCUGGCCCCAGCGCUGUCCUUCCAGGCCCACGGCCGCCUGGAAGAGGUCCAGCACGCUGGACCCGCCACAUAGCAGCCUUGGGGCCUGUGCUUCUGGCUGAGGAUGCCACCCCAGACCCGGCCUUAUGCGCAGCAUCUCCAGCCCCUGGCCGAAGCCGUCGGGCUCUGUUCUGCUCCCGGAACCCAAACCAGCCUCCAGACAGGCUGAAGGUGCUCGCAGGCCGGGUUCGCACGCAGCCUCCCUCCCAGAGCUGAGCCUGCUCACACACUAGGCCCAAAGCACACUUCGGGACAGUAGCCUCUGAUGCACCAGAACGCUGAGAGUGACAGCCAAGGGCCGAGCCCCUCAGCCGAGUCUCUAACACAAGCCAAGCAUGAGGACUUCUCCCUCCAGAUGCAGCUGACCUAGGGCACCAGCCACACGGUGCCCACUGAAAUGGGACCGUACCCUAGGGAGGAAAGUCUACACCGAACAACCACUCCAGACAGACGGCUUGGACUCGACGACACCAAUGUGGCCCAAGGACCCCAGCGGCCCAGAGACGAGAAGCUGCGACUGCGCGGGGUGGGGUGUGGGCCCCCCGCCCCGGGAGCAGGUGCAGAAUGUGCGCUUCUCAGUGGAUUUGCCACAGGGUCCUGGGGGGGAGGGGGGCUCAGAGAAGGUCAACACUUGGCCCUCUCCUUGGGGACCCAUCUGGAAAUGGCACCCCCAGACUUCACAAAGCAGUUAGGGGCCUCCUCCCUUCGAGGCCAGAGGACCAGGCUCUCCAAGUGGGGGCCACCCAGGGGAGGGCACGAGGUCUGCCGAAAAGUCCAUGGAGCGCGGGGAGAGGGUUCCGGGCUGGGGGGUGAGAGCGGCGCGGCUCCCGCACACAGCACCCCAGCCUCUGGAGUGCUCAGACACCCUCCCAGGACAAACAGGAACAGAGCUGAGGUCCCUCCAGCGGUGGGAAUAAACAAGCUGGUCUGGUUUCCUACUUUGGUUUCCUACUUAAGCUGAUCUGAAUUCACAGUAUAAGCAACACAUCUAAAGGUCACACUGGGCACUCCUGUCAGCACCAGGUUUCCCAGACAAAGAAGCCAGAAUAGAAAAGAAAUCGUGGCCGCGACAGGAGUUCUUAGUUAUUACAUACUAACCAGUCUGUGCGUGGCACAUUUUAUUUCUAUAAAACUAUUACAAAAUAUUCAAAAAUACAUUUUAGUAAAUUUACAGCAGUAAUUUCUCAAUUUAUUAAUGCAAAAACAUCCUUUGUUUUUCUCUGUACAAACUACAGGCUCCAUUCUUGUGGGCUUAUCACUAUGUGCGCUUUUAAAAAAUAUUAUUUUCUAAUAAAUUCUUUGAAGUUAAAAAUAACAGAGUUCUUCCAGUUUGUCCAAAAAAAGAAAAAAAAAAGAAAAAAAGAAAAGAAGAGAAAAAAAGAAA